AGUAGAGAGCGGACUCCGGCCUUCUGUCAAAUAUCCAACAUGUGUGACGAGGAAGAGUGUGCGCUUGUGUGCGACAAUGGCUCCGGCAUGGUCAAGGCUGGCUUCGCCGGAGACGACGCUCCUCGUGCCGUCUUCCCUUCCAUCGUUGGUCGUGCCCGUCACCAGGGUGUGAUGGUCGGUAUGGGUCAGAAGGACGCCUACGUCGGUGAUGAAGCCCAGAGCAAGCGUGGUAUCCUCACCCUCAAGUACCCCAUUGAGCACGGUAUCAUCACCAACUGGGAUGACAUGGAGAAGAUCUGGCAUCACACUUUCUACAACGAACUCCGUGUUGCUCCUGAGGAGUCCCCCACACUUCUCACUGAGGCUCCCCUCAACCCCAAGGCCAAUCGUGAGAAGAUGACUCAGAUCAUGUUCGAAACCUUCUCUAUGCCCGCCAUGUACGUGGCCAUCCAGGCCGUGCUUUCCCUAUAUGCUUCUGGUCGUACCACUGGUCUCGUCUGUGAUUCCGGUGAUGGCGUUUCCCACAUGGUCCCCGUCUACGAAGGAUUCGCUCUUCCUCAUGCUAUCCUCCGUCUCGAUCUUGCUGGCCGUGACCUUACCAACUACCUGAUGAAGAUCAUGACUGAACGUGGCUACUCCUUCACCACCACCGCUGAACGUGAAAUCGUUCGUGAUAUCAAGGAGAAGCUUUGCUACAUUGCUCUUGAUUUCGAAGGCGAAAUGAACGUCGCUGCUGCUUCCUCCUCUUUGGACAAGUCCUACGAGCUUCCUGACGGUCAGGUCAUCACCAUCGGUAACGAGCGUUUCCGUGCCCCCGAAGCUCUGUUCCAACCUUCCUUCCUUGGUAUGGAAUCUGUUGGUGUUCACGAAUCUGUCUACAACUCCAUCAUGAGGUGCGACAUUGAUAUCAGGAAAGAUCUGUUCGCCAACACUGUCAUGUCUGGAGGUACCACCAUGUACCCUGGUAUUGCUGACCGCAUGCAAAAGGAAAUCACUGCCCUUGCUCCUUCCACCAUCAAGAUCAAGAUCAUUGCUCCUCCUGAGCGUAAAUACUCCGUGUGGAUCGGCGGUUCCAUCCUGGCUUCUCUGUCCACCUUCCAGUCCAUGUGGGUCACCAAGGACGAAUACGACGAAUCUGGCCCUGGCAUCGUCCACCGCAAGUGCUUCUAAGCACUCUUGUCUGUAUUCUAUAUACAUAUCUUGUAUAUUCAGCCUCAGUGUUCAGCCUCAAUGCAUUUCAGUCAUCUUCCGUUGUCAUAAACAUGUUUAGACUAAAUAACAUUGUUUUUGAUACGAUCUCAUUAUCCAUCAAAUAA